UUUUAUUCUUAAAAAAAGAAAAAAAUAGGAAAAUUACCAAAAAAGAAAACUUCGUAGUCCUAGAAACGUAAAACCAACCUCAACCUAACAUGGGAAACUCCGUCACCACUUUCCCUCUUCCGAUUUUUAUAUCAUUCGCCACAUCCAUUAUUAUGUCGUCCGCACUUAAAAAAAACGAUCUCCAACGGUCAUGAACGGCGGCGCUGAGGCCUCCGUCAAUCGCAGGCGCAGACACCAAACAGCUUCCGCUAACGGCGUUAAGAUAGCAAACGGGGCCAUGGCGAAGCCGUCCUCGACGCUCUGCUACGACGCCUCGUUCAUGAAAUGGACCGUGGCGGAUGCUGUCCACGUGGCGACGCAUCAUUGGAUGCCGUGCUUAUUCGCAUUAGGGCUUCUCUUCUUCAUGGCCGUGGAAUACACGCUCCUCAUGGUUCCGCCGUCGUCGCCGCCUUUCGAUCUGGGCUUCAUUGCCACGCGCUCCCUCCACGCACUCCUCGAGUCAUCGCCGAAUCUCAACACGCUCUUCGCCGGGCUCAAUACCGUACGUCGUUUACACUUUCUCCAGAUCUGAACGAAUCGGGACACUUUUUUUUUCUGGUUUCGGAUUUCGUUGUGGGCAAUUGGGAGAUCGAAUUUGUUUGGAGGAAAUGCAAAUGGGUGUUUGUGGGGAUGCAAACGAGUUAUAUCUUAUGGACGUGGCUGAUUGAAGGACGCCCCAGAGCCACGAUUUCAGCAUUGUUCAUGUUCACAUGCCGUGGAAUUUUAGGGUACUCCACCCAGCUCCCAUUGCCUCAGGGAUUUUUGGGCUCGGGUGUGGAUUUCCCAGUUGGGAACGUGUCGUUUUUCUUGUUUUUUUCGGGGCAUGUUGCGGGUUCAGUGAUUGCUUCCUUGGACAUGAGGAGGAUGCAGAGGUGGGAACUGGCUUGGACUUUUGAUGUGCUCAAUGUUUUGCAAGCUGUGAGGUUGCUGGGUACAAGAGGACAUUACACUAUUGAUUUGGCCGUAGGGGUUGGUGCUGGAAUUCUCUUUGAUUCUUUAGCUGGCAAGUACGAAGAUAGCAAAAGGAAUGCUGCUCUAUCCACAACCCACAGAGCACAAUUUGAUUGCGUCAACAAUGUGGAUAUAGCUAAAAAAAUUAACAAAUGAUCAUGGAAAAGUACACAUGGAGUGUAAAAGUACAAGGGUGAGUGAGAGGGCAAGAGUCUGAAUUGUAAAAAAGAUAAGAAAAGGUCAGAGAGUGAUAUAUAUCAUUAUUAGGAGUAGUCUUAAAUCUUAAUUACCGCGUAAUUUUAAAUCUGAUUUAUUUUAGUUUUUAUAACCUGUUAUUAUAGUGGAGUCUAGGUUGGAAUUCGGUUGCCAUGAUCCCAUGAUUGAUUGCUCUGGGUGUUGUUCCCACUUUGUGGACGGCAGUGCGUGUUAAAGGAUGUUGAUUGUAACAUCAAAUUUUAAGAUUUUAUUUUAGUUGAUUCAUAGUCAUUGGAGAACUAUGACUGCAUUAAAUUUUGAUUUGAUUUGAUUUGA